CGGUUUGCUCAAGUUCGUGUGGAUUUGACCAAAUACAUGUAGGCGCUACAAUUUGCUGAUAAGUUUUGAGACUUCUUUUCCUUUCUUUAAAUGUCAGAAAGGUCAGUUUGGAUUCAUUGAAAAUUUAAUUCUCUCUUAGUAAUGAGUAACCAAGGUCUUUGCACGCAUGAAGACAUGUUGAUUAUAAUGCAAGUACGUGUAAUAUAUUCUGUGCACACAAAUACAUUCAAAUACAAAUAAAUAGAAAACAAUUAGUUAUUGCAAGGAGUUUAUUAUGUUUCAUCCAACAUGUUUUUUUCUUCAAUAGUUGAGGCUUAAAUGAAGGUGUAGGGACAGUGAUUUUCCGCGAUCGCGGAAAACGGACGGAAUUCACGGAAUCGGCCUUUUGAAACGGAAAGUGACAUUUCAAACGGAAAAUCACGGAAAACGUAUUUUCCCUCAAAAUACAAAGAAUAGCAACAGAAAUUACUCCAAAAUCACAACAAAAUGAGAAUAUUAAAUGGCCAGAAAACACGAUCUCACUUCGCUACUAUCAUGACAAUUCACACAUCGUGACUGCACUCGACAUCAGCACACUCGAUUGUACCCCGUACCUGGCCGCGAUGGGCUUCACAUGCACAUAUAUCGUUCAACUACACGGUCGUGUGUUGCUGCCCUCUACGUUUGAAGAUGUAACAGCACGAUAUCGUGGUCUUAAAAUCCAAGAUAGCGGAUUGGCAAAAGCCGUUGACUGAUGAUAACGAUGUCCAAAAAAACCCAAAAUUAUCGAUGAAAUAUCAUUUCACCGUGAAAUAAUGCUAAUAAUGUGAAAGGUGAGGAUGUAUGCAUGCUAAAUGGGUUUGUAAAAAUAUUUUAUGCACCCGCAUAGAUCCGAUUAGAACGGAUUCUAUUGUGUUGUUGGUACAGUAGCAGAUACAAAUUUUGACCAAUGCGAGUGUACAUGUUGUGAUUUUGCUAUUCAAUGUGUAAACGGAAUUGUCCCUUUUCCGUGUGUACAAAGUCUAUGGGGAAACGGAAUUUCUGUUUUCUGACAUGAUGAAACGGAAUUAGAGAUUUUCUGAAACGGAAAAGGCCAUUUUUUGAUACGGAAAAUCACUGUCCCUAAAGGUGUUGCCAUUUUCUUAGAAAUCCAAGGGAGCCAUAGUUGCUCUUUCUGGUCCACUUCAUUGUUAUGUUUUUUAGAUGUAUUAUUUUUUAUCAUCCCAGCAGUUAAUAAGUGUAAAACAUCAUUGUGAUGAUUCUUAUUUAAUUGUUUUUAAAAUCAAUCUCAGAUAAUGAUGCUUUAUUGGGACAUUAUCUUGAGGAAAUAUAAUAUAGUAGAGGUGUUGAAAACGAAUUAGAUAAGUCUUGGACUAUGAACCAUGGGGUGUGGGGUUCAAAUCUCAACGCAUCACUUGCGUCCUUUGUCAAAGCACUUACAUGUAUCUACAUUUGCCACUCUCCACCUCGGUGUAGUAAAUGGCCACCUGGUAGGAAGAAAUUCUUAAAUACUUGAGCAACUUAUCAAGGUAACUGUGAUGAAGCUAAGUUCACAAUAACAUCAUAUUUGAUCAUUUCAAGCAGGGCCUGCUUUGAGAACAGUUUUCAGAAUUGAAGUGGCUACCCUGGGUAAAAUAUGACGUUAUCAUUAUUCUCAUUUAAGUGUCUUUCAUUUAUUUUAUUUCAUUACAACAGUUGCCGUGUGUAGACGGCAUGAGAGUGAGGGAUCUCUUGGCUGGUGCUAUGUUAGAAUACAAGCUUCCAGACUGUAGGGUUCGUCUAGUCUCAACAAGGGCGCUACUUAACGAGGAUGCAGAAGCUUAUUUACUCAGGAAUAAAGACAUUGAAUUUGAGGAGAGGUUGCUGGAAAUACCAGUAGAAGGUACCACCGACCGAUGUCUAGCUCUUCUUCUCAACUUUGUCAUAUCACAGAGGGAUUACUGUGAUCUUCUACGCAGCUACUUCAAUACAUAUGAAGAACCACUAAGUCAACUACCUUCAUUAUCAUCAUACCAUAAACGAUUGUUGUUCUCAAAUCUCAGGCCAAUUCUACGCUAUAGCACCAGACUAUUAGCACAGGUGAGUGAGUUUAAGUGAAAUUCCAAUUAUUACAGUUAGAGGUUUUUACUGCUAGAUAAGUUUGCAUUCUUAUGUGUCAGUAAAUUAGUAUGAGACUAUGAGAGCUAUGUAAAAAAUUACAAGUGUAAGCAUGGAACUACCAGCAAUAACAAACAUAUGUCAUCAAGUUAAAAUAUUACAAGUGAGAAGUUCAAAUAGGUAUAGAGGAAGAUGUAGAAGUGAAAGUAAAAAGGAAAAAAAAAACGAAUCUGGGGAAAAUACAGGACUAUCAUGGUGCUAUCAGUUAUAGAAAUAUGAAUUUGGGGGAGCAUUAAUGAAUGCCAUCAGAAGCAUAAUCAUCCAUCUUUAAUUUUGUGUCAAUAUUUUCCUGUGAAAAAAAAAAGAAAGCAAGUUUUUUUUUCAUGAUAAAUAUUCAUAUUACCUUAUUUAGACCACUGGAAAUGUGAAGCAUCACACCCAUUUGUAAAUAGAGUUCUCACAAACACAGUGACAGUCGCUCAGAAUAUAGCACAAAAGUCUUUGGCUUUGCUGUAUUUUGCCUGAUAAAACACAUACCUACAGACUAAUCAAUGGGCUCUGUGAAGGAAAGUGUAAUACUGCCAUCUUGUGGUCACUGUACCAACAACUUUCCAUUGGCCAGCUAUUUGUGCAAUGUAUAUGAAACUCCUUUCAUCAACAGCGCCACCUAUUGGCAGUAGCCUGUACAUGUUGCUGAUCUGCAGUUUUCGGGUUCUUCUCUGUUCUUUGAGACAAUGAUGUUUUGUUGCGCUCAGUGAUAAUUCCCUUUUGUUUGAAUGGAUUAUUUUACUAGGAACGCUGUAUAUAAUUUGAAAAUUUGGUAUCAGUCAUUUGAUAUUCAGGAGUGAAAUAAAAGAUUACACUAGCUAUCAAUGAUUCACCUGGAAUCCACAUUAUUGAGAUGAAAAACAAGGAAUAUUAUGUUUAAAAAAAAAAGAGAAUGCAUUGUCCUUUUGCUUCAGAAUUCCAUCCCAGUUCCCUCAGAAGUUUUAUAGUGUACUCUGUACUCCAGCCUCGUAUCCUUUAUUUUGAAGAGCAUUUUUUUUAAUGUUUUAUUUUCUCCUGGUUUGGUGCAUGUAUCUCCUUAUCCCUUUGUAGCCUGAUAUCUGCAAUAUACUUGUUAUCAGGGGAGCAAUUCAUGAAGAAAUGAUGUCAGCCAAUCAGAUAUAAGAAUUUCUGUAGCUUAUAACAAUAGCCUGCGAAAAUCAAUACUUGUUUGGAAAUGCUGCUCAGGGCCUGUAACACAAAGCUUAUCAUAGAGCAUUUUUUUACGAUUGAUUGCAUUGACUGUAAUGUACAAUAAAUCGUGAAAAUCAAGCGUAUGAUUAAUCGCUAACCUUUGUGAUGGGACCCGGUGGGUGUUUCAUAAAGCUGUUUGUAAGAUAAGAAUGACUUUGCGCACGACUGGUGACCCCUUCUUGUGCUAGAUGAUACAUCUCUAUGUCAUUCAUUUAGGACAUAGAACAUUUUCCAGUCAUUCGUAACACAAAGGUUUGCAAUCAAUUGCUAAAUACCAAUGACCAGUCAAGAUCAUCAUUGCAUGCGCACUCUGUUUGAAAUACUGACCGGGAGCCAAUGAGUGCGGUUCUUUCAUAUUUGCAAUUCAUCGCAAACCUAAGUGUUACGGAGCCCUGUCUCAUUCUAUAUGUCCCCUUUCACCCUCUCAUCCAUCCACUCAUCCAUGUAACUUGAUCAUGUUGUUUGGCACCAGUCCAAGUGAUGAGAGUGAGAUGAAAUGAUGACAGAUAAUGUAAUGAUAGGUCUCUAGAGAUAUAUGCCAUUAUUUAUCAUAUUGUCUGACAUCAAGUCAAACUUGAAUUCUAGGGGGUAGGCCCAUUAACACUGCAAAAAGUUAA